UCACUGCUCUGGGCUUGCCCGCGAGUUUGGGCCUCCGAGGCGGGGGAGGCGACUCUUACUGCGCACCUCCAACACCAGCCCUGCUCCCGCGCGUUUGGUUGUAAAUCGUAGGGGACCGUCUUCCCCUAGCAAGACGUGCGUCUUCUGGAACCAGAGCCUCGAGAAAGAAAAGUGAAGCUCUACUUCUAGAACUCGGUCUGGAUUAGAACUUCUGCCUCUUUUGUCCAUCUCUAUAUGUCCACAUUCCUUAGAGAAGAAUCAUUAUACAGAGAAAAUGGCAGAAUCACUAGUGUCUUCUAAAUAUCUAGCCAUUAAUCCCACCAAUCCAUCCCAUUUUCAUUCAAGAAAUAUAAGAAAUGCUGAAUAAAGAUUAUUAGUUGCCCAAUUCCACAGAUAAAUUGGAAUAAAUACAGGUACAGUGGAACAAAUCCAAAUACAGUAACCGGAAUGGAAGUUACUUAUUUUAAACUCAAAUACUAGAUUUUACCAUGAUCUCUUGAAGGAAAAAUAGAAUCAAGUUUUUAAAGUUUUACCAGGUAGACUUGCAGUAUAGUUUCACAGAAUAAUCCUUAGAUUUCAAUAAACUUUCAAUAAGAGCUCUCCCCUUAGAUUGUUUAUCAACUAGUCACCCAGUAGAAGAGAUCUUUAGUUUUUGAAAGGUGGUUUGGAGUCAGUUCUUACAGGAUUACUGCUUCCCAGCUGCUUGGAUGUACCCGGCAUCAUACAGAUCUCAGCAAUACAACUCUGGCCUUCAACAUUUCUUGUCUAUCAGCACAGUGGCAUGCAACCUGGCUCUAAAGAAGGAAGACUUUCAGGGGAAGGAGGUUAACCUAUGUCUACAUGUCCCGAGUCUUCCUAAUGGGAUCUCAUUACCUUGUACUGUGGAUCACUCAGUGCCGGAAGAAAGUGUUUUGAAAUAUGAAGAUUACUUUUCAGCCUCAGAAAGACUUUCUUUGAAAAGAGAGUUGAGUUGGUAUAGAGGCCGAAGACCCAGAACCGCUUUUACUCAGAACCAGAUUGAAGUGUUGGAAAAUGUCUUUAGAGUAAACUGCUAUCCUGGCAUUGAUAUCAGAGAAGACUUAGCUCGAAAAUUGAACCUAGAGGAAGACAGAAUCCAGAUCUGGUUCCAAAAUCGGCGUGCAAAGCUGAAAAGAUCCCAUAGAGAAUCACAGUUUCUCAUGGCAAAAAAAACCUUCAACACAGAUCUCCUGGAAUAGAUAGAAAACUAAACAUGGGGAAUUAUCUUCCAAUUGCAGAAUAUAAAGAAUCAAUGGGAAUAUCAAGUGUUAAAAAUGUGAUGUUUUCUUUUCUGUGUUUAAUCUGAGUAUUGUCUUUUUUUUCUGAAAAUAUAUUGUAAAUAAUUACUAUUAUAACAUGGUACCUAUUAUACUUGGGCACUUCUAGUUACAAUAAAGGCCUUUCCUAUAUAUUUUAAUAAACAUUUUCAGAAAAAGCCAGCUAUUUUUUGUGAGCAAAUUUAAUCUAAUAAAUUAGUUUGCUAGAAUCAGUAAACUCAUGACUAAUUGACUCCACAACUGGAUUCCAUUUACAAAAUAAUUCAAGUCAAAUAAUCUGAAGAAUGGCACAAAGUUGUGAUUUGUUUCAAUAAGUUUCCUUCAACUGCAUUUUGAAACAUGAUUAUACUUAAAUAUAUUAGUGUGAUUUAUUCAUGAAUCUUUUGUUCCUCUUGAUUUCUGGCAUAAAGCAGUGAG